AAACCACAGGUUUCAGUGAAUGAGUCCAGUGUCCAAGCCUGAAGGCAGCACAUCAGGUAAGAAACAUGACCUGGAGAAUUUUUUCAUAUUCACAUGGUUGUAUGCUGUGAAUUUAUCCCUCAGGGUCAACACAGAGUUCUACUUUAACAUCCCGAGCUGUCUAAGACCAUCAUGCAAAGGAGAACACAAGAACCCGCCCUUCUCGCCUCAUGUAGCUCCUUCGACUUUCUCCUCUGCUUGAAUUCAUAUUUUUGCCUUAGUGGAGAUCCAGCAUUCAUCAGAAUUGUGCAUAUGCAAGUGGAUAAACCCUGCAACGAAAACGAGAUUCAUAUGGACCUAGGCACCAGGCAGUAGAAACCGCGGUGACAUGGAUCACACCUGAGGACGGUUCGACACGCUGGACACUGGAGUCGAUCUCCAGGAGCCCGACUGAUACCGCUGCAUGCUUUGGCUGUUGAUCUGCGCUUGGAUCCAGUCUCGCUGGAAACACUUAUGUGCCCUGAGAAAACUAUGAUAUGCAGCAUGGACCCUUGACAGAAAUGCGGUGCUGCAUGGCCUUGAAUCAAGACUGGUUGCCUCUGCCUAAGACUGAAGGGUAUUAAUUAAUUUUGAGGUGUUAGGUGAAGUGGAGAAGAAAAACCUUCUAGUAUCACUUUUUUUUUUUUUUUUUUUUUUUCUUCUUCAACUUUCUGUUCAACAGCACUUGUCGUAGAUGUAGUACAAAAUGCACAGUAUAAAGCACUAACUUGGCACUGGACUUGAAGGGUUGUUAUCCCCUUUUCACCCCUCUGAGUGGAAAAAGUUUACAGAUUGGGCUUGAUCACCCACCUCCUCGCCUCAAUUCUCAGGCCUGAUUACUCCCUCUCCAAUGUUCAGUAUUUUGUAACUCAUCUUGCAGAAUUAAAGUACUUAGCUCAGAGCUGGAAGGUUAAAAGUGGGUUAUCUCACAGCAGCAGCCAUAGCUAUUUGCAAACAGUUUUCUUCACUGGAAGCUCAAGCUGUCAAUCAUGAGUGCCAGCGAGCUGCCUCAUCUGUCUGACUAUCUAAAUGAAAACGAACUGAUGGAGAUGGAUACUUUUAUUCACCGCAUUGACUCUACAGAGGUGAUCUACCAGCCUAGGAGAAAGAGGGCAAAGCUGAUUGGAAAGUACUUGAUGGGGGAUCUGCUCGGGGAGGGAUCUUAUGGCAAGGUGAAAGAAAUGCUGGACUCAGAGACUCUUUGUCGUAGGGCUGUUAAGAUACUGAAGAAGAAGAAGCUUAGGAGGAUUCCCAAUGGAGAAGCCAAUGUGAAAAAGGAGAUUCAGCUGCUAAGAAGACUUCAACACAAGAAUGUGAUUCAGUUGGUGGACGUGCUCUACAAUGAAGAGAAGCAGAAAAUGUAUAUGGUGAUGGAGUAUUGCGUUUGUGGGAUGCAAGAAAUGCUGGAUAGCGUCCCAGAGAAAAGGUUUCCAGUAUUUCAAGCUCACGGGUACUUUUGCCAACUCUUAGAUGGCCUUGAAUAUUUGCACAGCCAGGGAAUAGUUCACAAAGACAUUAAACCAGGAAAUCUGCUGCUGACCACAGACGGCUCACUUAAAAUCUCCGACCUCGGAGUAGCAGAGGCCCUUCAUCCAUUUGCAGAGGAUGACACAUGUCGUACCAGUCAGGGCUCUCCAGCCUUUCAGCCUCCAGAAAUUGCAAAUGGACUGGACACCUUUUCAGGGUUUAAAGUGGACAUUUGGUCUGCUGGAGUAACACUAUACAACAUUACAACAAGUCUGUAUCCAUUUGAGGGGGACAACAUCUAUAAGCUAUUUGAGAACAUUGGAAAAGGAGAGUACACUAUUCCUGAGGAGUGUGGACCCCUCCUGUCGGACCUGCUGCGAGGCAUGCUUGAGUACGAUCCUGUGAAGAGGUUUUCCAUACAGAACAUAAGGCAACACAACUGGGUGCGGAAGAAACACCCUCCAUCCGAGCCUCCUGUACCCAUCCCUGCCAGCGCAGAGAGCAGGGACCCUUGGCGGAGUAUGACUGUGGUGCCCUAUCUGGAAGAUCUGCACGGCUACACAGAGGAUGAUGAUGACGAACUCUAUGAUGGAGAGGAUGAGAUCAUAUAUACUCAGGACUUCACAGUGCCAGGACAAGUGGCCGAAGAAGAUCAGGAUCAGGGGAAUGCAGACCACAGUCCAGCUGUAGCCAAGCCAGUUUGUGUGAAUGGGACAGAAGGGGGGUCUCUGAACAGCAAGGCCAAAGCUGAACGCCGAUCCUCAUCCUCGUCUAACCCCUCACGUAAAGGCGUCUCCACAGCCAGCAAAAUCCGCAAGCUCUCCACCUGCAAACAACAAUGACCCUCCUCCCCUUUCUGCCUCAGCAGCAACCCGCCUGGUUGAUCUGUCCUCAUCCUCCUGUGUCCAGAGUCCUCACACUUGUGAGAGAAACCUGCUGACAUUAAUGCCCCCACCCCCCGAACCUCCUUGGACCACUGGCCUGCAGCGUCUUUUGAAGAUGCGAUAUUAGCGACGAGGAGGAGGAGGACAGCAUGAAAUGUUCUUUCUGCUCUGAGACUGAGGCUGUGAAGAUGGUGUUUAUUUUCU